AUGGCGCGACGCCAUAGUGCCCUUGCAUGGUGGCUGGUCUUCGCCUCCCUCUUUCUGCUUCCGUACCAGCAGCGAGGCGUCCGCGAGAAAUCCUUUGUACUUGCCGCAGACCAUAUCUGGAAUCAUGUUCACUCCGUACGACUUGUUUUCACUAACAAGUGCUCGUCAUCGUUCUCAAAGUACUGCGGGGUGACGCAGGCCGAGCUGAAAUUUCCUGCCGAUAUGGGAAAGGCACUUACUGUUGCGGACCUCAUACGGCGCCUUGAGCAUCUUCUGCAAGCGGGAGCCGCAUCAAACCUCAACCCGGGGAGGGUAGCCAUAUCGCAUUUACCGACGCCGCGGGCCUUUCUGGACAUCAGGCAGCUGCUUCGCCUCCGACCAGGCUUGAGGCUCCCUCCUGAGCUCCCUGCAAGUCGAAGUCUAGAGUCGUUGAGCAGGCAGGCGGUUCUCGUUCACCCGAGGAAUCCUGAGCUCGGUAAAUAUGUGUCAUACAACGAAAUUUCAUUCGACCCCUCAUUUCUAGAUGGGCUUCCGAAGAUUGGUUAUCCAGUGGCUCCGGUGGUGUGGAUAUUCUCGCCCUACGUCUCCCCCACAUCACCAGGCUCUUCCUCGAGCAACCGGCUACUCCCAUUGUCAAGUGAAACAAUAAAUAUCAAACAGGUCACGACUCCCACAUCCCGAAUAUUUCUCACGGCCGUAAAGUCCUCGCCAUUUGUCACCUUGCAGUCACUGUUGUCUGCAUCUUCCCUCGCUGCAGACCAGGAGACCGAUCAUUCCUCCGACGGCGGCCCCUCAGAGGGCGAAAGGGAAGAAGUUCUAAUUUAUACACCAGAUGCCGAAAAAUUGGCCAGACUGUUCCCUUCCGCCGUCUAUUUUCCAAUUAAGUUUGUCGAUCGCUACCGGUGCGAGCUUUUGUGCGGCUUGCUAGCACGUGCUGCAGGCUCGAACGACUGCUGCUCUAGCCGUCUGCCUGCGUCCAAUAGCCUGUAUCCGUACUCGCAUGCCUCUGUCUCGACUGUCGUUGGUGCGGCACUGUCUCUCACUACGCUUCUUCGCGUGAAUAAGACGACGGCUAUCGAUACCAGGUGGGGAGAUGACCUCCACCGUCUCUCCAAAGUGGUUGGUUUCAUCUCUAAUCAAUCUGUAUCUCGCGUACUCAUCAGCCGCUUCCAGUCGCAGUACAAUAUUGACAAGGAAGAAGCAAACAGCAUGGCUGACAGGUCGGAGAGGUACUCGGCUGCCCAGUUCAAGACUCUGCAAAGUUUUUUCACCCGCCCCAUCAACACAGAGGUGUUUCGAUCUUGGGAUCCGAGUGUCUUUGUAGCUUCCCCCGCUGACGCCGUUGUGCAGAACGUGUUCACAGUCAAACCGGACUCAGAAGGAUUCAUCCGCCACACCCUGGUUCCUCAGGUGAAGGCGACGACAUUCGAUUUGCUGCGAUUCCUGUUCGGCAAUUCCGGGGACGGGCGCCGCAUAAAGCUUCAGUCUCCUCUUCACCACCUAAGUAUUUCCAUCCACUACCUCUCUCCUGGUGACUAUCAUCGCUGCCACUCUCCUGCCGACUGGGUUGUCGAUGAAUAUGUCUACCUUCCAGGCUGCACGCCUUCGGUCAAUCGUGACACGCUCGCAAGUCGUGACGGCAUUUUGCAUCAUUUCGAGCGUACUACUCUGGUCGGUCAUUGGGACCCGUUAAACAAGGGAGAAAACCUUUUCUUCGCUGUUUCUCUCGUUGCCGCCCGAUUCGUUGGCGGCUUGUCGCUCGUGUGGGAGAAGGAGCCUCUGCAGCCGAAUGGUUCUCGAGGGUCGUGCAGUACCGGCAGCGCGAACUUCACCAAAAAAUUGGGUUUGCCCAUGUGCAUGGGUCAAGAAAUGGGAGCUUUCCGGUUUGGAUCGACAGUUGUGUUGGCCUACGAGGCUCCUGCGGACUUCGAUCCGACCGUGUUGGGCGAGUGCUCACACGCCAGGGUCCUCCAGCCUGCCGUAGUCUCUCGCGCUGGGCGACGGCGCCCCCUCUUGCAGCGAUGUGCAGCCUUCGCGUCGAACUACCAGUCUCCCUCUGAAUACCUGGCGGCCCUGAAACAAAAUCCGGGCUUCGACAGAGACUUGCGCGCAAACUCUCUUUUGCCAGCCGAGUGGCUGAAAGAGGACGGACGCGUUAUCUCCGCGAAGAUUCGAGCGCUUGAGAGGGGAUUGCUGACGCGCUUUGCCCUCGCAAAAUAUCUCUAUUUGUCGUGGCAAGAUGUAGGGAAAUCGCGAGUUCUCGUCGCGCAGCCCUACGCUCUGGUUCAAGCAGGAGGUGUUGAUAAGCUUGGUCGCUUUCCGGCGAAGUGUUUCCAAGAGGAAGGCUUUUUUCGACUCGAGCUCCCUGGACGGCUCAGCAGUGUGUCUCUUCUUGCGCCAGUGAAUGGCGAAGAGAAGUUGCUCUUCAAACAUCCUUUUUUCGGAUGCGUGGGUGACUCUGGGCUCGGCAAAAUCUCGCGAGGCAUCACGGCGUCCUGGGAGAUGCAAGGCGGGAAGAUUGUUCUCGUGCUUACUCUGACGGUGGGAACGUUCACAGCGACCGAACCGAAACAGAUUGCCGUGGGGCAGAACAGGCUGAGCGUUCAAGCUCUCUGCGACGAAGACUGGAGAGCGCACGCAGGAGGGACAACAACUACGUCUUGUAGAUUCAUGGAGGUGAUGCGAGAGCCUGAUUCGAAACCUACGUUGGUCGAGAUAUCCAGUGAAGGUCUGUGGGAAGCCUACGGCGACCCCACGGUGAGGGCGUAA